CUCAGUUUGUAUAAGGAGAAGCAGGAAAGUCAGCUGAGCUCCUGCAGAAACUACUGACAAAGAUGGUUUCCAUCAGAAGUCCGGGACUGAUGCCGGUGUCGUGUGCGCAGGUUCUGCUCGCUCUGGGCUCUAUGACUUCCGUGCUGCUCGUGCUCUUGUUGGUUCGUCAGCUCGUGAAGCAAAGGAGACCCGCGGGAUUCCCCCCGGGUCCGUCCCCCAUCCCCAUCAUCGGGAACAUGAUGUCUCUGGUUACUGAGCCGCACGUCUUCUUGAAGAAGCAGAGUGAAGUUCACGGACAGAUCUUCAGCCUGGACCUUGGAGGUAUCCUGACUGUUGUGCUAAAUGGAUAUGACUGUGUGAGGGAAUGUCUGUACCAUCAGAGUGAAGUGUUUGCCGACCGGCCAUCUCUGCCUUUGUUUCAAAAGAUGACCAAAAUGGGAGGACUUCUCAACUGCAAAUACGGCAAAGGCUGGAUUGAGCAUCGUAAACUGGCCUGUAACUCCUUCCGUUACUUUGGCAGUGGCCAGAGGCUGUUUGAGAGGAAGAUCUCAGAGGAGUGCAUGUUCUUUGUUGAUGCCAUAGAUGGAUACAAAGGAAAACCAUUCAACCCCAAACAUUUGGUGACCAAUGCUGUCUCAAACAUCACUAAUCUCAUCAUCUUCGGACAGCGCUUCACAUACGAUGACAAGAACUUUCAGCACAUGAUUGAGAUCUUCAGUGAGAAUGUGGAGCUGGCAGUCAGUGGCUGGGCCUUCCUGUACAAUGCUUUCCCCUGGCUGGAGUAUGUGCCGUUUGGAAAGCACCAGAAGUUGUUCCGAAAUGCUGCGCAGGUCUAUGACUUUUUGCAACAGGUUACAGAUGGCUUUUCACAAGGCAGAGUGCCACAUGUACCAAGACAUUAUGUGGAUGCAUAUCUGGAUGAGUUAGAACAAAAUGCAGGAGAUCCUUGCUCUUCAUUUUCUAAAGAGAACCUGAUCUACUCUGUGGGUGAACUGAUUAUAGCAGGGACUGAGACCACUACUAACACUCUGAGGUGGGCAAUGCUUUACAUGGCCCUCUACCCAAAUAUACAAGAGAGAGUACACAGAGAGAUUGACAGUGUGCUGACCAAUGGCAGGAUGCCCACUCUAGAUGACAAACACAAGAUGCCAUUUGUUGAGGCUGUCCUGCAUGAAGUGCUGCGCUUCUGCAACAUUGUCCCUCUGGGAAUCUUCCGAGCCACUUCCCAGGAUGCAAACGUAAACGGCUACAAAAUUCCCAAAGGCACAAUGGUGAUAACCAACCUCUACUCAGUACACUUUGAUGAGAAGUAUUGGCAAGAGCCUGGAGUGUUCUCACCACAGAGGUUUCUGGACAACAAUGGCAACUUUGUUCGGCGAGAGGCCUUCCUGCCCUUUUCUCUAGGAAGACGCCAAUGCCUGGGUGAACAGCUGGCCAGAAUGGAGAUGUUCCUCUUCUUCACCACAUUGCUCCAAAGGUUCCACCUGCAGUUUCCUCCAGGAACAGUCCCCUCGGUCACUCCCAAACUGGGCAUGACCCUUCAGCCCAAGCCUUACUCCAUCUGUGCUGUGCGCAGACAACACAGAGGCCCGAGCUCUGCAGACACUCCUUAUCACAUGUAGAAAGUGUACUUGUAUUUACUGUUAGUACUGUUCUAGCUGUACUGUGCGUGUCAGAGCACUCAGCUUGUGUUACUGCACAGAUACUGUGGGGGUUUGAGCUUGCUGCUCUGAGCAGGUUUUCUAAGGACAGAGGGGUUGUUCUUAACAUACGGACACACUGUUUUUUCACGUGGUAUUGAGAUCUUUCACCGCAUAUUUGCACAAUUCUUUAAUAAGAAUUAGCUGGGAGAGUUCCUGAAAACACAAGUAUGACACUGAAUGUUGCACAGACAGACAUGGGGAUGUCUGUGACCCUGGUGUAGGUGAAUGAUUGACAGUAUGUACACCCUCAUGGUUCAUAGGCCUGACUCCUCAGGACAAGCUCAGGUUAGAUAAAUGACACAGUGGAUUGGACGUGUGGAUCGAAAUGAGGCUUUCCACGAAAGUUCUGAUCCCUGUGAGCUGGAGCUGAACACGGGCCAAGUCUGACGUCAUGUGGGCUGAGCGCCUCCCUCUCCUGGGAGUGUGCAGUGGAAAGUCUCAGAGGGACCGGUACAGC